AUGGACUCAUCAUCGGAAGAAAUCCCCAGCCACAUGGCCAUUGGCCAAUCCCGCAGUCUAGCAGUCAACUUCAUGUGGUCCAAGAUGCACAUCUACGUGACCGACUACGAGCCCAAAAACCCCAACCCAAAGCUAGUCUACGACGUCAACUGUGACAUGCUAGCCCCGAACCUGAAAUUCAAAUCAAUUGAGCAAGACCGACAAGUCGGAACCGGCACCAUCCACGCCAUCUCCAUCAGCCCGGACUUCGAGCUCCACGGUUCAAAAGGCACCCUGCGCGCCAAGAGCCGCCUGCGCACUAUGUACACGCACUAUUCCCACGUUUAUUCCGACACCGGGAAGCCAGCCAAGAUGUCUUGGACCAGCAGCAGCGGGUUCAAGACCUGGGACUUUGUCUGCUGCGAUGAGAACCAGAACCCUGUUGCGAAAUUCUCGGCGAAUGUUUGGGCUGUGAAGAGAUUCGCUAAGAUCGAGCUGCUGGGCCCCAAGGCCUUGGAUACUGCGGCCAUGGAUGAGAUCGUUGUUGUCGGUCUGACUCUGUGCUAUUGCAUGUAUAUGCGGGUCAACAACCCACUGAACCUGCUUGGUUCGGCUAUUAUGCGCUCGGGCAAGGACGCUUACAUCGAGCCUCCGCAGGCGCAGCCUACGCAACCCACGCAGCCUGCACAGGGGAAGAUCAUAGAUUGA